ACAGUAUCGGCGCUGAGUUUAAUAGGGUAAGACGGUUUCACUUGAUUUGCCGUAUAUAACCAUUCUAGACAGUAAAUUACCGAACUAACGAUAAGAUUUUUUCGGUGAAAGACAAUUAAUUUUCUGCUAGUUUCUACAUAAAUCUCAUUCACCCCACAAGAUAUUUAGCAGAAUGGAAAAUCAUCUUCAAUCUGUAAAAUACAAACGUGGAGAAUAUUUCCAAGUUUUGGACCAGUUGAAGGUUCCACAUGAAUUGGUCUAUCGGGAUAUCAAGUCCGUUGAAGAUGCAGUUGACGCUAUAAAAAGAAUGCAGGUCCGGGGAGCCCCACUCAUAGCAAUUGUCGGAUGUUUCGGGAUUGCAAUUGAGUUGGGGAAGGAAAUUGUUCAAAUUGACGACAAAACUCAACUCCUUUCAUACAUUCGAGAAAAAAUUCAAGCUCUCAUUGAUGCACGGCCAACGGCUGUCAACAUGAGAAAGGAAGGUUUAAGGUUGAUUGAUUUUUUGGAAGAGAAAGCAAAAAGUCGAGAUAACGUGUCCAUUUUGAAAACUGAUGUGCUUGUGUGGAUUGAAGAUCUAUACAAAUUAGACCUGGAGACAAACAAGGCAAUUGGAAAACAUGGAGCCGAAGCGAUUUUGCAGAAGUAUAGGAAAAAUUCAGAGGGAAAGAUUAAUGUGCUGACAAUUUGUAACACUGGUUCGUUGGCAACUUCAGGAUACGGUACAGCGCUUGGAGUCAUUCGGGCUUUACAUGGCAAUGGAGAUUUGAAUCAAGUAUACUUUACGGAGACUCGCCCCUACAAUCAAGGAUCACGAUUAACUGCUUUUGAACUGCUGGUGGAUAAGAUACCCUCGACCCUUAUAUGUGAUUCUGCGGUAUCUUGGUUGAUGAAAAAUCAUGACAUUUCUGCUGUAAUUGUUGGUGCUGACCGUGUAGUAAAGAAUGGAGACACGGCGAAUAAAAUUGGGACGUAUCAGUUAGCGAUAGCUGCGAAGGCGCAUGGUGUUGGAUUUUACGUUGCGGCACCAUUUUCAUCCAUUGAUCCAACCAUUUCUACAGGAGAUCAAAUCGUAAUUGAAGAAAGGCCGGGGACCGAAGUUACGCAAAUUGGUGGGCAUCUCAUCAGUCCUGAAGGAACUCGAGUUUGGAAUCCAGCUUUUGAUGUGACUCCAGCAAAUCUUAUCACCGGAAUAAUAACUGAAAUUGGGGUAUUCACUCCAGAAGAGUUAUUUGUAAAGUUGGACAAUUGAUAUGGUUAACCUAAGCAAAUAAAUGUUUAAUAUUAAGUAUGUGGUUUUUACUCAUAA